GUAAAAUGACGCUGAAUGACGUAAUCCGCCCUAAUGUGCAGCGCGCGCUCUGCAGUGACCCUGCGCGGCUUCCGUCUCAGAUGACGUUGUGGUCCGAUAGCUCGCGCACUUCAGUCUCCUCACUUCAGCACCGUUACCGUUUAAUUUCAUUCUCACAGCUCGACUCGGACAAUGAAACAAAUCCUUUUGUCUACGUCCUGACGUCUGGAACGGUGCUCAAUGCAGCUCCGGAACCGAUAAUGGACACUAGCGACAACAAGGAUGUGAAGUUGUCGGCUGAAGUCGAGCCGUUUGUUCCACAGAAGAAAGGUGUAGAUUCUACCCUAUUGAACAUGAACCUAUCAGGAGACAGCGCAGGAGCUAUGGGGGCGGAGCCAACCCCAAUCCCCUCCUACCUCAUCACCUGCUAUCCGUUUGUGCAGGAGAACCAACCCAACAGUAGGCAGUUGCCGGUGUAUAAUGGAGAGGUGCGCUGGCAGCAGCAGUGUGGUUCUGCCCCGUAUGUGGCGUACUCGUUUGUCUCUUCGCCCCCUCAGCCUGCUACAGUGUGUAAUGAUUACUCUUACUGCCCUCUGCUGCCACCCCCCUGCCCUCCCCUCAUGGGCUUCUACCAGCCCCUUACUGCCCCCUAUGCCGCUCCCCUGCCCUCUGGCCUGGGAAACUCCGUAUCGGACACCUGUCUCAGACCCCCACAGCCACAAGGGCAGCCAGUCAGCAUGGGUGCACAGAGAGGGAGAGGAGUGGCUAGAGCACCUGUCCUGAACAAGCAGGUGGCUCAGCCAAUCAGAGUAAAGCGGCCGGUGAUGCGCAGCGUUGCGGUACAGAAGGAGGUAGCAGCUGCAGGGCCUGAUGGGAAAUCACGCACUAUACUGCUGGUGGAUGCUGCUCAGCAAACUGACUUCCCUGGAGAGCAGUGCAGCAGCAGCAGGUGUGUGUCAGACAGAGUGAGUCCUCUGCAGUUCAGAGGGAAGGUCAGACGCCGAUGCUCAUCUCAGAUGGCCGAGUCAUCCAGUGAGCACGGAGCGAGUGAAGCUGACAUCGACAGUGACAGUGGCUACUGCAGCCCCAAACACACACUGGGUGUUGAAGCUGGAGUCAUGACUGUUCCACAGAAACCCUGGACAGACCGGAGUUUGUCAUUCCACAGGAAUAAAAUGGUGGAUCAGAGGAAUUACUCUCAUGAGUUUCAGGUGGGCUUUAAUGGCCGUGGUGUUGGUGGAGCUGUUGUGGGUCAGAGGAGACCGCAGCAGGGUGGAGCUCAGUCUGAACACACACCUGAACCGCUCUACUUCCAGGAUGAAGAGGAGUUUCCUGACCUGGCCACAGGGGGCAGUGUGCAGUGCAACAAACCAGAACAAGUACAGCUCAAACUGCCCAAACCACUGUUGGAUAAUCUUCCAGAGAAUUCUCCCAUCCACAUUGUUCAGACUCCUAUUCCCAUUACAACCUCUGUGCCCAAACGAGCCAAGAGUCAGAGGAAAAAAGCUCUGGCAGCAGCGUUGGCUACAGCACAGGAGUACUGUGAGAUCAGUAUGGAACAGAGGAAACUGCAGGAGGCUCUGACUAAAGCAGCAGGGAAGAAGAGCAGAACUCCAGUACAGCUGGAUCUGGGGGACAUGCUCGCUGCACUGGAGAAACAACAACAGGCAAUGAAGGCACGACAACUUAACAACACCAAACCCCUUUCAUAUACAGUGGGUACAACUUCAGUUUUCCAAAAUAAGGAUACAGUGUGUAAGAGUGUGAUGAAAUCGUACACUCCUCCCCACAACAUGCUCGACUCCACAGCACCUAAAAUCAAGAGGGGUAAAGAGCGAGAACUUCCCAAAGUAAAGAGACCUACUGCCCUCAAGAAGGUGAUCCUGAAGGAGCGUGAGGUGAAGGCUAAGCUGUGUGUGAAGGAGCAGCCAGAUGGCGAGCUUCACUUCACUGACACACUUACACAGGAGACAGUCUCACAAGAGGAGAAUGGUCUGAGCAUGCCCAGUGACACCUCACUGUCUCCAGCCAGUCAGAAUUCUCCAUACAGCAUCACACCAGUGUCACAGGGUUCUCCAGCCAGCUCAGGCAUUGGCAGCCCCAUGGCCUCAUCCACCAUCACCAAAAUACACAGUAGGAGGUUCAGAGAGUACUGUAACCAAGUGCUGAACAAGGAGAUCGAUGAGAGUGUCACUCUGCUGCUGCAGGAGCUAGUGCGUUUUCAGGAGCGAGUGUAUCAGAAGGAGCCAGCUAAAGCUAAAGCUAAGCGCCGCUUGGUCAUGGGUUUGCGUGAGGUCACCAAGCAUAUGAAGCUCAACAAGAUACGAUGUGUGAUCAUCUCACCCAACUGUGAGAAGAUCCAGGCCAAGGGUGGUCUGGAUGAGGCUCUGUAUAACGUGAUCGCAAUGGCCCGUGAGCAGGAGAUCCCAUUUGUUUUCGCUCUGGGGCGUAAAGCUCUUGGCCGCUGCGUUAACAAACUUGUCCCUGUCAGCGUGGUCGGAAUCUUCAACUACUCCGGAGCAGAGGCUUUGUUUAACCGUCUGGUGUCUCUGACGGAGGAGGCUCGCAGGGCGUAUAAGGAGAUGGUGUGUGCUCUGGAGCAGGAGCAGGCUGAGGAGGCUCUGAAGAACGUUAAGAAGGUUCCACACCAUAUGGGUCACUCACGUAAUCCAUCAGCUGCCUCAGCAAUUUCCUUUUGCAGUGUCAUCUCCGAACCCAUCUCUGAGGUCAAUGAGAAGGAGUACGAGACCAACUGGAGGACGAUGGUGGAGAACUCUGAUGCCCUAGAACCUCUGGAGAAUGAGUUUAACAGAACAAGUACAACUAAAGACACAGACGGAAGCACAGAUGGCACAAUGUCCCAGAUGGGUUUCUCCACCUCGUCCUGUAGGGAGGAAGGGCGCAUGGAGGACGGCUUGGAGCGAGCUUCUGAGCAGAGCACAGAGACGGGGUCUCUGGAUGGGAGCUGCAGGGGUCCGACCACCUCAUACUCAUCCAUCACCAGCGCCAGCAGCAUCACGCUGGUACCCGGUGCACUGGGCGAGGAUGAUGAGGAGGACGAGGAUGAAGAUGAGGAUGAGGAGGAUGAGUACACACCCACACCCAUCCUGGUGGAAGUUCCUCCUUUGAGUAGCAUGAUUGAGACAUGGGUGAGCACCACACUGGAGAACCUGCAGCUCGCUGGGAAAACACACGGUGAGGAAGAGGAGGAGGGGGUGGAGGAGGGGGCGAAGGAGGAAGAGGAGGAGGAAGAUAUCAGAGGAGUGAGCGAUGAAGAGGAUGAGAUCGGGUCUUCUGUGGAGGAUAAGCAGAUUCAGAAAAACUCUGAAUGACACACACACACACACACACACACACACACACACACACACUUCCUGCUAUAUCACCCACAACAAUCUCAGGAAACUAACUUGGACAGACCACACACUUCCUGUAGUCAUGCAGCUCUACACACACACACACACACACACACACACACACACACACACACACACACACACACCUCCAUCUCUUUCCAUACUUGAAUGAGUUACACUCCUUAGUUUUUGUGUGUUUGUGUUGAUGAAGAUAAUGAGUGUUUUGUACAUUUAAACUCACUUCACACACGCAGACACACACACACACACACACACACACACACACACACACACAGCCCUGCUUUAUGUCUGCUCACAUGUUAAGGGAUUAGAUAACAGCUUUUUUUCUCCUGUAUUUAUUCUUAAAAUCAGCAACAUUUUGCUUAUUAUUAUCAUUAUUAUUAGUAACAAACCCUUUCCAGCUCGACACACACAUUUAUCAUCUUUAUUGUUAUUAUUAUUAGUUUAAAUGACAGAUUAUUGUGAUGCAUUAUAAAAGCUUGACCCUGAUUGGUUAAAAUCCUCACUGUUUUGCCAUUGCUUGUUGCUACAUGGCCGAAUGUGUGUGUGCCACUAAACAGCGAAUUAAUGUGUAAAUAGUGUGUAAAAGUUGUUUCUACUAAAUUAUGUGCUUCUUAUUUAUCGUGUUUGAAAACCGAUGGAACAAAGUUGACAUUUUCUUGGUGUUGGUUUUAAAUCUUGUGUUUUUCUCCUUUCUCUGGACGUGUGCUGAUAAAUCACAAUAAUCACAAUGUUAGUGCUUUUUAAACACAGCUAGCUGCUCUGAAUAAUAAAUCUAGCUACCUAAUUUGUCCUAGACAGAUAGUUCUGUAUGUUGACUAUCAUGUUGUGUUCAUCAGUUUAUUCACCUUUAGCUGUAGACAUAAAGCUUAGCACAAAACAUAUUGAGUAAUUAGCCUGAUGCUGUUAGCUAGCUUGCUACAUGUAACCAUCAUGAAUUGACAUGUUUUAAUUCAGCAGCCUAGUGUGUGUGAAUGUUUGGUAGCAGACAUGCUAACAGUGUUGUGCUUGUUUAGUGUAUAAUGUGUGUGAUAAUCAGCACAUGGCUAGCAUGAUGAUUACUGAUCUGUACAGGUUCAAUUAGCUUUAGGCUGUUUUUUCUUUUGUCCCUUAAAAACUAAGUGUUCUAGUGGAUGUACCAUCAGGUCUGAAAGUCUGAGUGCACAACCAAGAACUUUUUAUAUUCUGUUCUGUAAUUAAACUAAUGCUAUUGUACAGUAAACAAUCAUACACUUAUUUUUUCAACGUCACUCACAGGUGUUAGCCUGUUAGCGUUAGCCUGUUAGUGUUAGCCUGUUAGCGUUAGUCUGUUCACAAAUGAUUCUCUACGUUUAAAAAUCUCUCUUUGAAUCUAACUGAUUAAGUUUAAGAAUAAAUAUAAACGACUCCUGGAGUGAUUCAGUUAGAUCCAAACUAAUUUAUACACUGAUUCGUCUCUGUGUCUGUGAUUCUUUAGUGAUGUCAACUUGGAUCUGUGAACCAACUUUCUGAAAAAUUUACAUACAUUUAGAUGUGACUCAUUUACUGAUUCACUUAAUAAUAAUAAUAAUAAUUAUUAUUAUUAUUAUAAUAUAAAUAAUAUAAUAAUAAUGAGUUCAUGGUGGUGAAUCAGACUUUAUGGCCGUGAGCAGAUGAAGGAAUCGUUCGUUUAUUAGACUUAUGAACACACUGAGGACAGUCACUGUGUGUGUGUGUGUGUGUGUGUGUGUGUGUGUGUGUGUGUGUGUGUGUGUCAGCUUUGACCCAGGAUCAGACUUUCACCUAAUGUAGCAACAAUAAACACAAAAACAGAUUCUGCAUCAGUGCUGACUGUCUGUGUGACUGACUCUGUGUGUGUGUGUGUGUGUGUGUGACUGUGUGUGUCUGUGUGACAGUCGGUGUGUGUCAGACUUUCCACUCAUGUUAUCUUUUUUCUUUUUCUCCAAUUUAGCUUCUCAUGAUGUUGAAUGAUGAUGCUCUCUCUCUCUCUCUCUCUCUCUCUCUCUCUCUCUCUCUCUCUCUCUCUCUCUCUCUCUCUCUAUAAUUGAUCUAAUUCCUGUAGAAUGAUAUUGUAUUGUAAUGUCUUCACUCACCUUUUUGUGGUGUUGUAGCUUUAUUUGGUUGAAGAUUGUUUUACACACACACACACACACACACACACACACACACCCCAGAUUGUGUAGAAUAGAUGUGUGUGUUGUGCAGCGCAGUGUGAUUUGUCCUUGUGUGUGUGUGUAAACUGUAUCAUUUGCACUAUGUAAAUAUGGCAGACUGAUCGUGAUUGUGGUGUUAAUGUGAAACGGUGAUAUGAAGGAUUUCUGUCAUGCUGCUUGUGUUACUGUGGGAGCUUCUAUACAACACACACACACACACACACACACACACACACACACACUCUUUUUAAUGUGCUCUUUUUGACAUCUGACCAAUUAACACCAUUAAACUCUUUUAAUGAAAACCA